UGCUGAGUAUUUGUGAAGGCUAUGGCAUCGUCAGUAGAAUAUGAAUUUUUAGAUUCUUUCAAGUGUCCUAUUUGUUUUGAAAAUUUUAAAACACCGCGGUACCUUCCCUGUUACCACUCAUUCUGUCAUGACUGCCUAUCGAAGCACAUUUUGUCCUUGUGUGAAAGGAAAGAAGUGAAACCUCUGGGAUUUCAUUGUCCGUUAUGUCGCGAUUUUAUACCUGCUGUUGAGCCAUCAGAAGAUUUAAGUAAGUGGGCCAUUAGAUUUCCAUUAAACAUGUUAAAGAGUUGUGAAAAUACAGUAUAUCCAAGGUUGUGCGAUGCCUGUAAGAGAGAAAACGAAGAAGAAGAUGCAGUCGAGUUUUGCUUAGAAUGCCGGGAAAAUCUUUGCAGAAUUUGUUCUAAAUAUCAUCAUCGGAUUUUACUUACAAAAAAGCAUAAGCUUGUACCACUAGGUGAACUAAAACUUUUUCAUUUAUUGUCAUCAGAAUCAGAUAAAUGUCAAAUGCAUUCAGGUAAAAAAGUAAAAAUGUAUUGUAGAGACCAUGACGUUUUGUGUUGUACUCACUGUAUUUUUAUGAAACAUAGAUCUUGUGAAGAGAUUGACACAAUCAAACAAACCGCUGACAGACUUCAAAGCAAUGGUCACUUCGAAAGUCUGUUAACAGGUAUCAAGGAUUUAAAACUUCAGUUAUCUGAGACUAAAAAUACCUAUGAGAGAAAUAUUUCAGAAAUAAAUGAUAAUGCAGAGGAAAUUACUGGAAAAGUGGAAACAUUACAUAAAAAUAUGGAAAGUCAUUUACGGAAGCUAAAAGAGGAUUUUCUUGACCAUUUGUCCACCAAGACUAAAACAUAUAAAGAAGAAUUGCAAAGGAAAACGGAGUCAUUAAACAACAGUAUUAAAUUUCUUAACCAUUGCACGAAAACCAUUGAUGGUGUAUUGGACAGUGAAGACAACGUUAUGAAGAUUAGAGAAUUCCAAAAUAUUCAAAACAAAUACGGUACUUUUAAGACAGCAAAUGCCACUGAAAAUCUAGAAUGGAUAGGUUUAACGUCCUCAAUCAACAGUGAUAUCAUGACGAUUAAUAAUUGUUCAAAGUUUGGGGAUAUAUAUUUUACCAGAAGUAAUGCCAAUUCUUCCACAGUUAUUGAUAAUCCAUGUAUGGACCUUGUGAGUUUUGACAGAAAACCUAGAGUGAGAGUGAGAGUUAGGAUGAUGAAGUAUCAAAAUCAAUUGGCCACGAAACAAAAACUACGGAGAAAGAAAAUGAAAUGAUUUCUUAAAAUGACUUUAAAUGAACUCUGAGUUAUUUUCAUGAAAAAAUUUGUGUUUUUAUAUGACCUAUUUUAAUGUAAAUUACAUCUAAAUGGGCAGAGAGUAUAUACUUUCAGUUUCAUCAGAUGAAGGAAUGAUUCCCCAUAUCCUCUCAGAAUGUGUUAUUAAAACAAUAAUAUAUUUUC